GCGUGUCCCUCCUUUUUGGACACAACGUAACCUCAAUGGAGUUCGAUGCAGGUUCCUGGCAUGUGGAGACCUCGUCAUCGCUCGCAUCAAAGUCCUUCAAGGCACGUCAUCUCAUCCUGGCCGCGGGGCCGGCCACCCGCCGCAUGAUGC